AUGCUGGGUGAUACAUACUUGACGGUGAUGAGGUGGUAUAAGAGUUUUAACCCAUGGAAAUCGGUUGUGAAGUCUACUUUGGUGUGGGUACAACUACCUGACCUACCGAUAGAAUUCAUCAAUAAUGAAGCUGCUAUGAAGAUAGGGGUGAUGAUUGGACAUUCUGUAUGGGUUGAUAGAGCAACUGAAAUAGGGGCAAGAGGCAACUAUGCUAGAGUGUGUGUUGAGGUAGACUUGACGAGACCAUUAUUGUCACGAUACAAAGUUGAAGGGGUCGAAUACCUUAUUCAGUAUGAGGGGAUUGAGAAUAUUUGCAUGGAUUGCAGACAGUAUGAAAACACUACAAGUAGGUGCCCAUGCAAGAAAAUGGAGGAAGAAGUACGAGUCCCCUAA